UAUGCUUCUUCUUCUCUCAGAUGCUCUGACAUGAAGUCUCAACGAAGCUAACAUCAAUUCGAUAAAGAGUGAAACUAUGAGGAAUCUGCGAAUCAUCUCCUCUCAUUUCUCACGAGUUUUGAAAUCCAUCGAGACACACCCAAGUUCUAAUCAUUUGUUCUCGAUCCAAUCUCGGAGCUACUCAUCGCCGGCGACCCAAUCGGAGAACGUCUCCAAAAUCGUCAAUGAGCUAUCGAAUCUUACUCUCUUGGAAACAAUGGAUCUUACUGAGAUCCUUAGACAGAAGCUAGACAUCAGUGAGUUGCCUGUGAUGGCGGCGAUGAUGCCAGGGAUGUCAUUCCCGGGAUCUGGAGCUGGUAAAUCCACCGGCGGAGAAGGGAAAGAGAAGAAGAAAGAAGCAAAGACUGCGUUCGAUGUGAUGCUUCAAGCUUAUGAAGCAGUGUCGAAGAUAAAGGUGAUUAAAGAAGUGAGAACGAUUACGGAUUUGGGGUUGAAGGAAGCGAAGGAUUUGGUGGAGAAAGCUCCAACCUUGUUGAAGAAAGGGGUUAGUAAGGAAGAAGCAGAGAAGAUCAUUGAGAAAUUGAAGGCUGUUGGAGCUAAAGUUGCUAUGGAGUGACCAUUGUUAGCUUUUGACACUGCAGGAGUUACUAAAAUGGAGCAUGAGCAGGAACAAAUGAAGCUUCUGCUGAGUAGUCCUUCGUAUUGUUUAUUACAAAUGUAAGAUGUCAUGGAAAGUCAUCAGCAGCUCUUUUCUUUAGAGGUAGAAACAGAUUUUUGUCUUCAAUCAAAUAUACACGAAGGCUUGUUAGAAGCAACAUUCUCUUCUUUGGAUCAAUCAUUCUCUCAGUUCGUGGUUUGUACUAACAGUUGUUGAUGAUUUCUUUCAUAUAAUAAUGAAUCGUGUUAUUUCCAAA